AUGGAACUGAACUGGGGACACCCCGGAAGCCAACCCAGGACCCUUUCUCCAUCUGCAGUCCCUGCUGAGGCUCCACCCAUGCCCUCUCCAGAAGCACAGGAGACUGAGGCAGCCCUGGACAAGGAGAAUCAAGUGGACACAGAGGCCGAGGAGACAGGGGCUCUAGCCCCUCCUCAGCAGAAGUCCUGGCUGGUGCGGCAUGUCUCUCUGCUGCUGCGGCGGGACUGGCAGGCCCAGAAGGCCGGGCAGCUCUUCUCAGGGCUCCUGGCCCUUAAUGUGUUGUUCCUGGGCGGGGCCUUCAUCUGCAGCAUGAUUUUCAACAAGGUGGCCGUCACUCCGGGUGACGUGUGGAUCCUGCUGGCCGUGCUGAAGGUCCUCUCCCUGCUCUGGCUCCUCUACUACGUAGCCGGCACCACCCGCCAGCCACAGGCCGUGCUCCAUCGGGACCCUCAUGCAGGACCCAUUUGGGUGCGGGGCUCCCUCGUGCUUUUUGGCAGUUGCUUCAUCUGCCUUAACGUCUUCCGCAUGGGCUACAGCAUGAGCUACAGCCGCUGCAAGCUGCAGAUCGAGCUUGUCUUCCCUGCCAUUGAGAUGGUCUUCAUCGGCAUCCAGACCUGGGUGCUCCAGAGACACUGUAAGGACUGUGUUCAGGUCCAGACCAACUUCACUAGGUGUGGACUGAUGCUGACCCUGGCCACAAACAUGCUGCUAUGGGUUCUGGCCAUCAGCAAUGAUUCCAUGCACGAAGAGAUCGAGGCUGAGCUCGGCGCCCUUGUGGAAAAUUUCUCAGACAAGGAGACCAACACCUGUCUGUGUCUCAAUGCCACGGCGUGCAAGGUCUUCCGUAAGGGCUUCCUGAUGCUCUACCCCUUCAGCACUGAGUACUGCCUCAUCUCCUGUACCAUGCUCUUUGUCAUGUGGAAGAACGUGGGCCGCCGCCUGACACCCCACCUGGGUGCCCACCCCGCCACCCUGCCCUUCCGCCUGCACGGGGCCAUCUUUGGGCCGCUGCUGGGCCUGCUGGUGCUGGUGGCAGGCGUGUGCACCUUUGUACUCUUCCAGAUCCAGGCAAGUGGCCCCGCCAUCGCACACCAGUACUUCACCCUCUACUACUCUUUCCAUGUGGCCGUGCUGCCUGCCAUGAGCCUGGCAUGCCUUGUGGGCACAGCCAUCCAUGGGCUGGAGGAGCGUGAGCUGGACACAGUCAAGAACCCCACCCGCAGCCUGGAUGUGGUGCUGCUGAUGGGCGCCGCCCUGGGGCAGAUUGGUAUCUCCUACUUCUCCAUCGUGGCCAUCGUGGCCACCCGCCCACACGAGCAGCUCAACCACCUGAUGCUGGCCUACUCACUGCUGCUUAUUCUGCAGCACAUUGCCCAGAACCUCUUCAUCAUUGAGGGCCUGCAUCGACGCCCGCUCUGGGAGGCAGCUCCCCAGGACGUGGCGGAGAAGCAGGAGGCCACGCCUCCCCACAGGGGCUCCCUGCUGGAGCUGGGCCACGGCCUGCAGCGGGCCUCGCUGGCCUACAUCCAGUCCUACAGCCGUCUCAACUGGAAGCGGCGGGGGCUCAAGGAGAUCGCCCUCUUCCUCAUCCUCUGCAAUAUCACACUCUGGAUGAUGCACGCAUUUGGCAUACACCCGGAGUUUGAGAAUGGGCUGGAAAAGGAUUUCUACGGCUACCGGACGUGGUUCACCAUUGUCAACCUUGGCCUGCCUCUGGGGGUCUUCUACCGCAUGCACUCUGUGGGGGGACUGGUGGAGGUCUACUUGGGAGCCUGA